AUGGAAGAGGAGCUUCAAAACUCGAGGGAGGUCGUACUCCAACAGGAAGCAGCCCUAAACCUACUCAGGCAACAACAACAACAACAGCAACAAUCAACCCAAUGGAUGUCCAACAAAGACGUAAGUCAGCAGUUCCGUCAACUAAAACAGUUGGACGACCAACAUGACGUGUUGGCUUUCAUAAAAUCUGUCGAAUUUCUUAUGGCGCUAUGCCAGGCAAACGAGCUAUCGAUUCAAUUCGGCACAAACAUUGUUGCCAAUGAAAAAGUCUCAGGAGCAGCAGCGAACUUUGUCAGACAAUUGGGGAUGGAGCCGAGCUGGGAACAGAUGAAAGCCAAGCUGAUGCAACAAAUGCGGCCCAAGACGACUUACGAAGAUGUGUUCGACAGAUGCAGAUUCAUUAAACUUAAACCAGCAAUAUACGAGAACGACAAAGUAGAUCGAGAUUUAUUAAAUAUGUUAAUAAAUAAAAUAGACACUCCAUUCAGAAUUCAUGUCGAUCAGGGUAUAUCUAUGCAUGCCUUAGAAACAAAGUAUUCAAACAUCAAAGCACUGGAUGACCCCAGAGCUAUAUCACAAAGGUACAGGAAAAUAUCUAACAACACAUUCAAUAAACAAAAUAACACUAACAAUAACACUGUCACCACUAACAACAAGCCAAGCCAAAAUAACCAGUCCCAUAAUAAUAAUAACAAUAACAAUGCCAGACAAAGUCUGAAUGGACGGUCGAAUCCCAAUCAUAACGCCGGCCCACCUCAGAGCGAUCAGGCAAUUCAACAAUCGUAUAACAGGCCACAACCCGGUCAAAAUCAAAAUUCUAAACCCAACCAUAAUAACAAUUAUAACAAUAGGAACAACGGUUCAAGACAGACAAGAAUGUCUCAUAUGAGCGUUGACACCCAAAGGAACGAUUCCAUGGCUAUGGAGAUCGGAACUUUGGAAGAAAAUCGGGCAGAAGAAGAGGAAGAGAUCAAUUUUUUGAUACCUUGCCUAGAGCAACCUUACCCAUAA